UUUUGCUAGUUAUCAGAAAAGUGAUAUGCGCAAUGCACUUUACCCAGACGAGUCACAACAACAACAACAACAACAACAACAGCAAACGCCGAAUAUACAUAAGUAGAAAUGGCUAUACAAAUAGCCAUCCUGGAUUGUGACCUGCUGCUCCAUGGUCGUGGACAUAAAACUCUCGACAGGUUUGAUAUAGAGACCGUUUCAGACGAGUUCCUAUUAACAACAUUUGGAUUCCCUCGAGAUUUCAUCUACUACCUGGUGGAGCUACUGCGUGACACAUUAUCACGACGUACGCAACGGUCUCGAGCAAUAAGCCCAGAAGUUCAGAUUCUUGCUGCUUUAGGAUUCUAUACCUCAGGAUUCUUCCAGACGAGGAUGGGAGAUGCCAUUGGCAUUAGCCAGGCUUCCAUGAGUCGCUGUGUGACAAAUGUAACCAAGGCACUGGUUGAGAAAGCUCCAGAGUGCAUAGUAUUCAUGAGAGACGAAGCUACAAAACAGCAGUCCAAAGAGGAGUUUUUCAGGGUAGCGGGAAUACCAAACGUCAUGGGUGUUGUAGACUGUGCCCAUAUAGCCAUUAAGGCACCCAAUGCAGAGGAUUCUUCAUAUGUCAAUAAGAAAGGCUUCCAUUCAAUUAACUGCCAACUUGUGUGUGAUGCCAGGGGACUUUUGCUCAGUGCAGAGACUAACUGGCCUGGCAGCUUACAGGAUGAUUUCAUAUUAAAGCAGUCUUCAGUGUACAAGGAAUUGGAAGAACAGGAAAAUCAUGAAGGCUGGUUUUUAGGAGACUGCUGCUAUCCUUUAAAGAAAUGGCUGAUGACACCUGUCCAGUACCCAGAAACUUCAGCAGACUUUCGAUACAACUUGGCUCACACUGCCACUCAUGAGAUUGUGGACCGCACGUUCAGGGCCAUUCAAACCCGUUUCCGUUGCCUGGAUGGGUCCAAAGGCUACCUUCAGUACUUACCUGAGAAGUGCUCUCACAUCAUUCUGGCCUGCUGUGUCUUACACAACGUGUCAUUGCAAUCAGGCUUGGAUGCCUGGACGUUUGAGAGGACUGAUAUGCCAGACCAGUCGGAGGAGGGCAGUUGUAAGCCAGAGGCUGUGGACUCAGAGGCAGUCCGAAUCCGUCAGGAGCUCAUUCUUAGUCACUUCAGCUAGGUCUGCAUGCUCAGAAUCAACGUGGAAAACACUGUAUGGUUCACAGAGACACUGCCUGCAAUAGAGAAGUGGUUGACACCAGAUUCUGUAUAAUCAGAAUAAUAUAGGUUGUAGGAGGUGUAUAUGUACAGUGCCUUCAGAAAGUAUUCAUACCCCUUGACUUGUUCCACAUUUUGUUGGGUUAAAUUGAUAUUUUUUUCUCACCCAUCUACACACAAUACCCCAUAAUGACAAAGUGAAAACAUGUUUUUAGAAAUGUUUGUGAAUUUAUCUAAAAUUAAAUUUGUAUCCCAAAAAACUCCUUAGUCCUUUCCGAAGACAAGCAUGCCCAUAACAUGAUGCAGCCACCACCGUGCCUGAAAAUAUGGUGGUACUCAGUGAUGUGUUGUAUUGGUUUUCCCCCAACAUAAUGCUUUGUCCUCAGGAUAUAGUUUAAUUAUUUGACACAUAGUUUGUAGUUUUACAUUAUUGCAAACAGGAUGCAUGUUUUUGGAAUAUUUGUAUUCUGUACAGGCUUCCUUCUUUUCACUCGGUCAUUUAUCUUAGUAUUGUGGAGUAACUACAAUGUGUUUGAUUCAUCCUCAGUUUUCUCCAAUCACAGCCAUUAAACUCUGUAACUGUUUUAAAGUCACCAUUGGUCUCAUGCUGAAAUCCCUGAGCGGUUUUCUUCCUCUCCGGCAACUGAGUUAGGAAGGACGCCUCUAUUUUUGUAGUGACCGGGUGUAUUGAUACACCAUCCAAAGUGUAAUUAAAAACUUCACCAUGCUC